UUCCGAAACGCCACAGUCUCCGAAGGGCUCGGCCUGAAUUUCAUGAUAGACGUGGCUCUUUUCUCAAUGGAGCUGAUAUCGUCAGUGUCCUAUUAGAAUUAGAACGACCUCAUAAAUCCACCAAAGUGAAUCGGACCACUGGUUUAUAAGGCUUGUGAAUGCAGACGCUAGCUGGAUGCUAGCCAGUCCUUCCGCGAUAGCUUCAGCUGAGAGUGGUAUCGAUAACUAGCUAACUUAGCUGUCUGUCGUAGGCUAGCCUGGAUAGUUAGCUUAGCAUAUUUAGCUAGAUUUUAUGCAGGCAGACUUAGGCGAAGUACGUAGUUAAAAAUAUCUGAACCGUUUCAUUAGUUUCAUGUGAUCUACUGAAUAACUGGAUAAACACGGUGAAACGACGUGAGAAUUACAACGCCCGUGAAGUCCAUGGAGUGCCCUCAUUUGAACUCCAAUGUGUGCGUUGUAGUGGACCCUUCCAAGUUCCCAAAUGGUUCACCCUCGUCGUGGUGUUGUGGCGAUUGCCGGUCAAAUAAGAGCCCAUGGGUGUGUCUGACCUGUUUAAAUGUUCACUGUGGAAGGUAUGUGAAUGGCCACGCUAAAAAGCACUAUGAGGAGACCCAGGGUCCUGCCACCGGCCAGAAGAAGUGUGACAAGCCGGACAGGGAGAAGACUCAGCACUGUGUGUGUAUGGACUGCUGCAGCUACAGCACUUUCUGUUAUCGCUGUGACGAGUUUGUGGUGAACGACACCAAGCUGGGACAUGUGCAGAAGGUGAGAGAGCAUCUUCAGAGUCUGGAGAACGUGACCCUGAGUGACAGGAAAAGGAAACUUCUAGAAAACUCCCCUCUCGACAGCAAGCUGUUCAAAGAUGAGAGUGGUAUUCCAUCCCUUGGUGCCACUGGCCUUCGUAACCUAGGGAACACCUGCUUCAUGAAUGCCAUCCUCCAGUCUCUCAGUAACAUUGAGCAGUUCAGCUGCUAUUUCAAGGAGCUGCCUGCGGUGGCGCUGCGGAGCGGCAAGACUGCGGGCCGGAGGAUGUACCACACGCGCAGCCAGGGGGACAGCAGUGUCUCACUGGUGGAGGAGUUCAGAAAGACGCUGUGUUCCCUGUGGCAGGGCAGUCAGACGGCCUUCAGUCCAGACGCUCUGUUCUACGUCAUCUGGAAGAUCAUGCCCAGCUUCAGGGGCUACCAGCAGCAGGAUGCUCAUGAGUUCAUGCGGUACCUGCUGGAUCACCUUCACAGAGAGCUUCAGGGCAGCCGCAACGGGGCUCACCGCUCACCUGUGACUGCAGACACCAUCAAGACAGAGGACAAGUGCUGGGUAAAUGGGACCUCCACAGUGGUCACCUCCAUAUUUGGUGGCAUACUGCAGAGUGAAGUAAACUGCCUGAUCUGCGGGACCGAGUCCCGGAAGCUUGACCCGUUCCUAGACAUGUCCCUGGACAUUCCAAGCCAGUUCCGCAUCAAGAGGUCCAAAGACCAGGAGCCUGGGCCUAUCUGCACGCUACGAGACUGCCUGCGUAGUUUUACAGAGCUGGAGGAGUUGGAUGAGACGGAGCUGUACAUGUGUCAUAAAUGUAAAAAGAGGCAGAAAUCCACCAAGAAAUUCUGGGUCCAGAGGCUGCCUAAGGUGCUGAGUUUACACCUGAAGCGGUUCCACUGGACGGCCUACCUCAGGAAUAAAGUGGACACCUACGUGGAGUUCCCCAUGCGGGGCCUGGACAUGAGGGGCUACCUGCUAGAGCCGGAGAGUGCUUUGCCACAGAAUUGCCUUUAUGACCUGGCCGCUGUAGUGGUGCAUCAUGGUUCUGGGGUUGGCUCAGGCCACUACACAGCCUAUGGCAGUCACGAGGGCCGCUGGUACCACUUCAACGACAGCACGGUCACUCUGACGGACGAGGCUGCUGUGCGGAAGGCCAAAGCCUACAUCCUGUUCUACGUGGCACAGACUGAAAUGGGCACGGGCACUGAGAUGGGCGCUGCCCUGGCCACCGGACAGACUGGCACAGGGUCAGAAACGGGCACAGGGUUAGAGGGUGCUGUGGACACAGGCUCCGACUCAGGCCUCGGGGGAAGCAGUGGGCCAGAGGAGAGUUCAGGGAGUGACCCCACACUUCAGGUCUCUGUUGGGCGUCCUUCCGAUUGACCUCGGACUGACCUUCAGCUGCCACCCCUGUGUCACCUCACAUACUCACUUUCUCUUCAACAAAACACAACACACACACACACACACACACACACACACACACACACACACACACACACACACACACACACACACACACACACACACACACACGUACACCUUUCUGUUGUAGGCAUCACUCUCAUUCACACAUACAACUUUUGUUCAAGACCUCCUAAUCAUGUGAAAGAAAAACUCAGUUAUGUUUUGUAUUUUUAUUUUGUUUUGUUCUUGUCUUAACCUCCACAUUGCUGCUUUUAAAAUUUAUUUUGUUUUGUCCUUGAAAAGGAAACAUAUGAGAGGAGAAAACGGCCUGUUUCGUGCCUCCUGUGCUUCCUGCUGUUGCAAACCUCCAUGGCGAGGCUCGAGUUUCGUUUUUCAAAAUUCCAAAGGCAUUCAGAUUCCAGAUUCAAAUGAUGUGUCAUGAAGUGUUUUAUCCCGUUCUGACUGUUUGUUCAUUUUAUUUGAAAAGAUCUUUAAGCACCACAACAGGUAGAUGGAGUCUGUAUCAUCAUAUGUUAGAUGUGUAAGCAGGCAGACCAAUAAAUAAAACCUCUGAAAUGAAUUUGUUAGGGCAUCUGCUGCUGUGUUUGUCAGCAGAAGUUGUCGUAUUCAGUUAGUUAAGAGAUUUCUUUCUUUCUUUCUUUUUUUGUAGAUCUUGAAUUGCUUACUGUUGAUUUGUUUUUGUUUUUUUAUGAUAACCUCAGCCUUUCCAGCACCGCUGGGUAGAUGUGAUCGUCCAGCCACCAGGAGGUCUCAUCUGCUCAUCCCUGCACUUACUGGCCAAUUAAAGACAUGAAGAUAGA